GGAACUAGUCGCCCCUAGGCAGAGGGCGGAGCUUUAGUCAAGCUGUCGCCACAGUUACCAGUUUUGGGGGUUCCUGCGGCUCGGAUGUAAUCAUUCUGGCUGGUGCAGGCUUUAGGCUGGUCUUGGUUGUCAGUCUUAAAGGCCAAUGGCUAUUGAUAUUCAACCAGCAUGCCUUGGACUUUACUGUGGAAAGACAUUGAUAUAUAAAAAUAGCUCAACCGAGAUAUAUGGAGAAUGUGGGGUGUGCCCAAGAGGACAGAGAACAAAUUCUCAGAAAUAUUGUCAGCCGUGUACAGAGUCACCAGAACUUUAUGACUGGCUCUACCUUGGCUUUAUGGCCCUGCUUCCUCUUGUUCUCCACUGGUUCUUCAUUGAGUGGUAUUCAGGCAAAAAGAGUUCCAGUGCAUUAUUUCAGCAUGUAACUGCCUUAUUUGAAUGCAGUAUCGCAGCUAUUGUUACAUUACUUGUGAGUGAUCCAGUUGGUGUUCUGCAAAUUCGUUCUUGUCGAGUAUUAAUGCUUUCUGACUGGUAUACCAUGCUCUAUAACCCAAGUCCUGAUUAUAUUACCACAAUACACUGUACUCAUGAAGCUGUCUACCCACUAUAUACCAUUGUGUUUAUCUAUUAUGCCUUCUGCUUGGUAUUAAUGAUGCUACUCCGACCACUUCUGGUAAAGAAGAUUGCCUGUGGCUUAGGGAAGUCUGAUCGAUUUAAGAGUAUUUAUGCAGCACUUUACUUCUUCCCAAUUUUAACCGUCAUUCAGGCAGUUGGAGGAGGCCUUCUAUAUUAUGCCUUUCCAUAUAUUGUAUUAGUCUUGUCCUUGGUCACCCUGGCUGUAUACAUGUCUGCUUCAGAAAUAGAGUCCUUCAAAGAUCUUCUUCUCAGAAAGAAAAGGUUAAUUAUUCUCUUCAGCCACUGGUUACUUCAUGCCUAUGGAAUAAUCUCCAUUUCCAGAGUAGAUAAAUUAGAGCAAGACUUGCCACUCUUGGCUUUGGUGCCAGCCCCUGCACUUUUUUACAUACUUACUGCAAGGUAUACAGAACCUUCCAGGAUACUUUCAGAAGGAGCCAAUGGACAUUAAGUAAGAUGGAACAUGUGCCAACAAACACAAGAAGCAUUCCCAAUAAAAACAAGCUGGAGAAUCAAAUGUGAAAUGUGUGAACUCUUUGCACUUUUUGCCAGAGCUGAUACCAUCUAAUUGUCUGCAAACUUUGUGAACUAGAUUUCUAAAAAGACCAAGAAAACCUCCAAGUUAUAUUUACUUGGAAGAAUCAAGUCCCAUGAUGAAGUACUGUGUUGUCUUACUGCUUCAGUUAAACUUCAAAAGGCAAACAAUAGCCCUUUGGUUAUUUCUAGCUUAUAUUUUUUGCUGUAAUUCAGAAUGGUAUUCUACUCUGUUUCCUAAAAAAUAAAUGUGUAAAUAUGUGUAAGUUGACUUGAUGAUGGUAUAUAAAACCCACAAAAUUUGUUUUUAUUAUUUAUUUUCACCUACAUAUUAUUUUGACUUAAUACAAAGAAUAAAGUUGUAGUAUGCAA